AUGAGACCCAGACUUCCUGAUCAAAUCAGACUUGCCGGUGUCAUUGAUAAUCACUUAAUUGGUCUUUUUGAUGAACCUCCGAUUACACCUUCAAAUAUUCAUCAUAUUGUUUUUAUUCCUUUCGCUCCUCAAUGCGGUGCAACGACUUUAAUACAGCGUCUUGGUGGGGCUCAACCACGAGAUCCAAAUCCUUCAGCUGGUGUUAACGGAUAUAGAGGAGUUUGGUCAAUUACUCAAGACAAAUCUGGCUCAAUUUUAUACAGAUCUUUAUUCUUAUGGGAUUGCUCGUACGAUGCUGUUGUUUCAUGCAAAGAUAUUAUAGACUCUUAUCUUCAAUCUGCUAACGUUGUUGUCUUAUUAAUUCCAAAAUCAUCGAGAAACUUAAUGCAGAAUCUAAUUCAAUGGUAUCAGUCAAAUAACCUUCAUUCAAGACGUGUAGUAAUCGUAGUUACAAAGUCAGAUCUUGUUGGAGAUUCAAAAAUUACUGAUGUUGAUAUAGAAAGCUUGAGUAUGGCUUGUAAUGCUAAAGUAGUUCAAUCUGCUAUUUCAGCUCCGAUUGAUAACGUAGUUCUAGCUAUUAAUGAUAAUAUUCCAACAAUAUCUUAA